GCGCGAGCUUAACGCCCCCAAGCGGCUGAAGGCGCUGGGAGGGGCUUCAUUUGCAUAACGGCCGCCCCUCGGUCUCCCUGCCCGGGGCUGGAGUCCCGCUCCUCUCCCAACUUGAUAUCUGUUGGGCCAGCGGCUGGUCACUCCGACCAGUCAGGAUGUCCGCCCGCGGCCCGGCUAUCGGCAUCGACCUGGGCACCACCUACUCGUGCGUGGGGGUCUUCCAACAUGGCAAGGUGGAGAUCAUCGCCAACGACCAGGGUAACCGCACCACCCCCAGCUACGUGGCCUUCACCGACACGGAGCGUCUCAUCGGCGACGCCGCCAAGAACCAAGUGGCCAUGAACCCCACCAACACCAUCUUCGACGCCAAGCGGCUGAUCGGACGGAAGUUCGAGGACGCCACCGUGCAGUCCGAUAUGAAGCACUGGCCGUUCCGAGUGGUGAGCGAAGGUGGGAAGCCCAAAGUGCAGGUGGAAUAUAAAGGGGAGAUGAAGACCUUCUUCCCUGAGGAGAUUUCUUCCAUGGUCCUCACUAAGAUGAAGGAGAUCGCCGAAGCCUACCUGGGGGGCAAGGUGCAGAGCGCCGUCAUCACUGUGCCUGCCUAUUUCAACGACUCGCAGCGCCAGGCCACCAAGGAUGCGGGCACCAUCACCGGCCUCAACGUGUUGCGCAUCAUCAACGAGCCCACAGCAGCGGCCAUCGCCUACGGCCUGGAUAAGAAGGGCUGUGCGGGCGGCGAAAAGAACGUGCUCAUCUUUGACCUGGGCGGGGGCACCUUCGAUGUGUCCAUCCUGACCAUCGAGGAUGGCAUCUUUGAGGUGAAGUCCACAGCCGGCGACACUCACCUGGGUGGCGAAGACUUCGACAACCGUAUGGUCAGCCACCUGGCGGAGGAGUUCAAGCGCAAACACAAGAAGGACAUUGGGCCCAACAAGCGCGCAGUGCGCCGGCUGCGCACCGCCUGCGAGCGCGCUAAGCGCACCCUGAGCUCGUCCACGCAGGCCAGCAUCGAGAUCGACUCGCUCUACGAGGGCGUGGAUUUCUACACGUCCAUCACCCGCGCCCGCUUCGAGGAGCUCAACGCCGAUCUCUUCCGAGGGACCCUGGAGCCGGUGGAAAAGGCGCUGCGCGAUGCCAAGCUAGACAAGGGCCAGAUCCAGGAGAUAGUGCUGGUGGGCGGCUCAACCCGCAUCCCUAAGAUCCAGAAGCUCCUGCAGGAUUUCUUCAACGGCAAGGAGCUGAACAAGAGCAUCAAUCCCGACGAGGCGGUGGCCUACGGCGCCGCCGUGCAGGCGGCUAUCCUCAUUGGCGACAAGUCAGAGAAUGUGCAGGAUCUGCUGUUACUCGACGUGACUCCAUUGUCGCUUGGCAUCGAAACAGCUGGAGGUGUCAUGACCCCACUCAUCAAGAGAAACACCACGAUCCCCACCAAGCAGACGCAGACCUUCACUACCUACUCAGACAACCAGAGCAGCGUGCUGGUGCAAGUGUACGAGGGCGAACGGGCCAUGACCAAGGACAAUAACCUCUUGGGCAAGUUCGACCUGACUGGGAUCCCCCCAGCACCCCGUGGGGUUCCCCAGAUCGAGGUCACCUUUGACAUCGAUGCCAACGGCAUCCUGAACGUCACUGCUGCGGACAAGAGCACCGGUAAAGAAAAUAAAAUCACCAUCACCAACGACAAGGGUCGUCUGAGCAAAGACGACAUUGACCGGAUGGUGCAGGAGGCAGAGCGGUACAAAUCAGAAGAUGAAGCUAAUCGCGAUCGCGUGGCAGCCAAAAACGCGGUUGAGUCCUAUACCUACAACAUCAAGCAGACCGUGGAAGACGAGAAACUGAGGGGCAAGAUUAGCGAGCAGGACAAAAACAAGAUCCUCGACAAGUGUCAGGAAGUGAUCAACUGGCUUGACCGAAACCAGAUGGCAGAGAAAGAUGAGUACGAACACAAGCAGAAAGAGCUUGAGAGAGUGUGCAACCCUAUCAUCAGCAAACUUUAUCAAGGCGGUCCAGGCGGCGGCGGCGGCUCCUCUGGAGGACCCACCAUCGAGGAAGUGGACUAGGCUUGCGCUGGAGUCCGCGUAAACCUCUUUCCUUUCUUUUUUUUUUU